AUGGAGGGUCAAAACAUUUCUUUAAUUCAGAAGCAGCUUUCUUCAGCUAUAGAACUCCUUCAGUCCUUUCAGGAUGAUAAAAAUCUAAGUUCGAAAGAUACUCACUGCGAGGCAAGACUGAAGGAAAUUAGACAAGAAGUGAUGAAUAAAAUCAAUUCAUCAUUAGUUGAUAUACAAAAGGAAAUGCAGGAAAAAAUCCAGCAGACCUUAAAAGAAUUUGACUCAGAAUUCAAUAAAGUUAUCAAUGAGCUCAUUGAAGUUGAAGUCAAUGUUCUAGAUGAAAAGAAAAAUUCAGGAAAAACUUGCAUUUUAUCUCAAAAAGUUCAUAUAUUAGAUUAAGAUUGCUCCUCCCACUUCAGGCUCGCGCCCUAUAAAUGGGUAGCACUUACACCAUUUUUGCCUACGUCGCCAAAAAUGGUGACUUCGACGCUCUAGGGGUGACGCACCCAGGCACUUCCUUGAACAACCCCUAACUGUCAGCCCCGUCUGUCAGGAGGUGGGAAAUGGUAGGUGUUCUGAAGUCUCCUCCUGCCCUCCAUUAAUACCUUCACUGCCAGGAAUGUGGGAUUAUCUUUACGACUCUGGUCUACUUGUCAUAGGCAGAGGUAAAAAAGCCCUGCCAUGGUGUCCUGGCCAGGGGAAAAAACCUACCCCGGACACAAAUUCUCCAGGCCCUGGCCCUCUUAAACCCAUAAAACCUGAGGCUGCGGGAGAAGGACAGGUCAGAUUGGUGGCCAUUUUAUUUAUGUCAAAAGUUCAUAGAAGAAGAUCAAGUCUGCUGAUAAAAAUGCUAAAGAAUGAAGAUUUUAGAACGGUUUAUCAUAUUUUCAUUGCGAUCAUGCUUGUCAUGUGCAUUGGGGAAAUCGUGAGAGGAUAUAUUGAAAACAGCGUCAUAUUGGAUUUAUCCCUAUUUUCAUGGGCUUUUGGAAAGUUUCAUUUAGUGAUUUUGGGGUGGCUGCUUGAAACCAGCUGGUGUUUAUUGGUCGUUCCAUUGGUGCAGCUUAUUCAUAAAGGGUACUUGUCUAAGCCAGUCUGAAUCACUAUAUAUGUCAUUAUGCAGUUAUUUAUGUUUAUUGGUCCUUGCUAUUGGUCCUUGCAUUUCAGUCUUCCAAUGGCAAGUGGUUUAGUCGUGACUUGCGAAAUGGCAAGAAUGUCGAUGACUAUGCAUUCUUAUCUAACUCCCCCCUCCAUGAGUGAACAAAAAAAAUCUUGUUUGCUCACGGAGGGGGAGGUUAAUAUUUUUUUUUUUUUAAAAUUUUAUAUUUUUUUUUAUAGAACAUAUUUUUUUCGAAAUUUAAAAAAAUCCCACUUCGCAAUAAUUGGAAAGCGGGUAUUAAUUUAAUUAUUAAAUUUAUGUUUUAAAACGCAAUUUGUUUAAAAUAAAACAGAAUUAGCUUAAGAUUUCAUUAUACUAAUUAUCACUUAUAUAUCAAAAUUUUUCCAUAAAAGAUUUUUCUAUUAAAAAAAUUUUUGUUCGCUCACGGAGGGUGAGUUUUUGGUCAAAAAAUAGAGAUUUUUCUAAUGGUUUUAUUCGCUCACAGAGGGGGGAGUAAGAGAAAAACUUUUAUUUGGAAAUGGACCUAAUGAGUAUGCUACUUACAUUCAUCCAAGCAUGGCUAAAAAGGGAAUCACAGUUGAAAAUCUAAAUAUUCCAACUAUCACAAUUGAAGAUCCUAUAACUGAAUUUAAAAGAUUCUUUUUUUAUUUUUUCGCUCCAACUCUCAUAUACCGAGACUCUUAUCCGCGAAUAACACCGCAUAGAAGAUGGUGGAACAUUGUAUAUAAUCUUCUAAAUGUUUUUGGAACAACGUUUUAUGUUUAUUUAUUACUACACACAAUUUGCAUUCCAUAUUUUAAAGAGUCAUGAAACAAGCCUUGGGAAUUAAGAUUUAUCUUGACUUCUUGGUUCAACAUUAUGCUGCCAGGCACUAUGCUAUUGGUUUUAAUGUUCUUUGGCAUCCUACACAGCUGGCAAAACUUAUGGGCAGAAAUCAUGAGAUUUGGAGACCGACAAUUCUAUACUGAUUGGUGAAAUGUGACUAGUUUCCAUGCUUAUUAUAGAACGUGGAAUAUUACUGUGCACGAGUGGCUCUUUCAAUAUUUUUAUCAAGAUGUGUAUAGAUUCUCAAAAGGAAAAGUAUCACAAUUUGUUGGGUUUGCAAUAGUUUUUGUUUAUUCUGCUGUUAUUCAUGAACUUAUUAUUGCUGUAUCGAUGGGAUUUUUUUAUCCUAUUUUAUUUGCUAUGUUUGGAGGGCCUGGAGUGCUAUAUACAUUCUUUUCAAGACAAGAAAAACGGUUUUUAAAUGUUUUUGUGUGGUCAAUGUUCCUUGUGGGCAAUGGGCUUUUAGUCAUGUUUUAUAGCUGGGAAUUUUUUGCAAGGCAGCAAAUUGACCUUUAUCCAAAAUAUGGAGUAAUAGGGAAAUUUAUUCCUCACUCUUGGGUUGGAAACUAG